UUAAUUCUCCUCCCUCAAAUUCAAAAAAAAUUAACCCCAUAUCUCAUAACGUCUCUCUUUUCUUCUUCUUCAUCUUCCUCACAAAAUAACUCUUAUCACCUUGAAACACUCAACAAUGGCGUCUUUAAACCCAGGAAUCCUCCUAAAACUCCUUCAAUCCAUGAACACAAACACAAAACCUACUGGUGAACAUCGUUCUGCUCUUCUUCAAGUCAUCGGAAUUCUCCCCACUUUAUCAAAUUCUCUCUCCUCCUCAAAUUCCACCAUUAACAACAACAAUCUUGAUCUUUGGCCUAACCAUGGCUUCCUUCUUCAACUCUCAGAUUCCAAAAACUCAACCUACAUUUCUCUCUCUGAUCGUGACACUGAUCUAAUCCUCUCUAAUAGAAUUCAAUUAGGUCAAUUUAUUUACCUCGAACGUUUUUUAUUCGACCCAUCUUCUCCAAUUCCUUUCGCUACUGGGAUCCGACCCGUUUCAGGGAGACACCCUUUUAUCGGGUCACCGGAGCCUUUAAGUAUUAGGGUUUCUAAGGAGAAAAGGGAUUUUGUAAUUCAACCGGUUUCGGAUACAAAUGAUUCAAUUGAUCCGAUUUUAUCACUUAUUCAGAGAAAGAAGAAAGAAAAUGAUCAAAAUAAGGAGAAUUUGGGGGUUGGAGUGACCCCACAAAGGUUUACUUCGCCGGCGGCGGUGAAGACGGCGGCGAGAAGGGCGGUGUCGGUGGGGAAGAGAGAGAAAGAGAGGGACCCAUCGCCGGUGGUGAAGGUGAAGAGGUCGGUGUCACCGGCGCCGUCAAAGUGUGUUGUGCCGAGUUUGGCGGCUGCGGCAAAGGUAGAUGAGGGGAAGAAGUUAGGGAGGGAAGCGGCUAUUGUUGUGCCUUCAAGGUAUAGGCAGCCAUCGCCGACAGCAGCGAGGAGGGCGGGAUCACCAGGGGUGAGGAGGAUGUCGUUGUCGCCUGCUAGGAGGUUGUCCAGUGGUGGUGGGAGUACAGGGAAUAAGAAGAGGGUUAGUGGUGGUGGGAUUGUUAGUGGGAUUGGGAAUUUGAAGGUUUGUGAUGGGAAGAGUGGAAGUAGUAGUAGUGGAGGAAGAAAGAGUUGGGAUGAAGGAGAAGUUAAGGAGAAGAAUUGUGGGGGUGGAAAUGGAAAGAAUAAACCUGAUUUGCAGGCUCUUAUUAGAACUCAGGCUGCUUUAUCUCGCCGUUUAAGUGAUGCAAAUAGUUACGAAUCAAAAGACGAUAUGUCUACUGAUGGAAAGUCCAAAUCUAGCGCGCCUGAAGAUUGUAUGGUGUUUGACAAGCCAACAGCUUUGGCUGCAGGAAUCACCAUUCAUGACAAGAAAUGGACUGAUGGUAGCAUACCCUUGGACUCUGUACCAUCCAGCCUUGCAAAGCUUGGAAAGGAGGCAAUCCAAAGAAGGGCGAUUGCUGCUACUGCUGCAGCUGAAGCUUUGCAAGAGGCUCUGGCUACUGAGUCAAUUGUAAGGAGUUUAAGCAUGUUUUCAGAUCUGUGUUCUGCAUCAAAAGCUGGAAACCCUUUACCUACAAUAGACCGAUUCCUAUCCAUCUAUGACAAUGCCUCGCGAUCAGCUACCAUUGUUGAGUCUGUUUCAUCUACCCAUUGUUCUGAAACACCUGAUACUGUCAUCUCUACAGAGCAAUCCAAGUCUGCUUCUGCUUGGGUUGAAGCUGCUCUCUCUACUGAUCUCGCCAUUGUUUCCCUUCUCACUGGCCAAAACUCUGAGACUCUACCACCUUCCUUACCAAAGAGUUCAUCAAAACGUCAGUCCAUAGGAAAAUCAACCAAAAACCACUCAAAAACUUCAACAUUGCUAGAAUCACCACCAAAAGGAAGAUGGACACGAGGCCAUGGUAUUAGGGAGACCAUAGAGCUAGCAACUACUUUGAAGUCCGAGAUGGAGUCAUGGUUCCUUAAGUUUGUUGAAGAGUCAUUGGAUGCUGGGUUUCGUGUUUUCAGUGAAUGUGUCAACAAUGGCAGCAAGAAAUUGCCUCUUGAAUGUGGAUCAAUUGCUGCAAUUUUAUCACAGUUGAAGAGGAUAAAUGAUUGGUUGGAUUUAGUUGUCAAAAAAAGAGAUGAAGUCUUAACUGAGAAGAUUGACAAAUUAAAGAGGAAGAUCUAUGGAUUUGUUAUUCAGCAUGUUGGAACAACUUUUGAUAACUCCAACCCAAUUUCUUCAUCUUGAAGAGUCUCAGCCUCUGGAAUUACUAUAAUAAGAGGGUGCUUAUCGACAAUUUGUGAACUAUUUUUCUUUGUGUUGUCUUAAUCUUGUAGAGUUCCUACUAUUUUUCUCUAAUUUGCUUCCUUCGCAAAUGAAUUAUUCAUAUUUUUUGCUUCUAGAAAUGGAAAUUUCUGGCUCCAAUUUUCACAGCUGAUCUUGGUUAGAGUAUAUUGCAUGUCACCUUGUAUUUUAUGCAACGCAUUCAUAAUUUCAUAUGAAUACUUGCAAAGCACAGAAUGUCUUGUCUUUCCCAAGCAACAAGAAGGAUAAUGUCUAGAGGUCGGAAUUUAGAUAUAUAUAUAUAUCGAUUCCAAGUUAUAUUCAAGACGUAUAA